AUUUGCAUGAUGACGUCAUUUAGUACUACGACCAGAAUCCUUCACGGGUUUUGUUCUCUUGUUCAAACUAGACCUUUUGUUAUUUAAACCUCCCUGAGACAGUACCAAAUUUGAAAGUGAAAGAAAAAACGAAAAGGGUUCUAGUCAAAGAAGUAGCUUGCCAUGGCGCUUUACUGGGCACGGUCCUCCCCAAUACCUCUUACUGUGAAGGCUGGGAUGAGUGGUCCACAUUUGUGGUAGCACCAUUUUUUUUUCCAUAAAGAGCUAAUUCUUUGACGGUAAAAUUUGAAAAUAGCAUGGUAUGAAAAACUUUAAUGACAAAUACAUAAAAUGUGUUUGUGCAUGAAAUAGCAAUAAGAACGAUUUUUGUGUUAACAGGGUCAGGGCAGGGCUUGAAGGCCUCGGCAGCACGUCUCCUAUCUUCUCAAUCUUCCCUUGACGUGCCCCUCACCGCCCCGCCUCCCUUCCCCAGCCCCCGCGGGCUUCAAUUUCAACAAACAAACAAAAAUGUUAACAAUCACGUCAGCAAAUUCACAGCGUGCUUCUAAGGCUAAACCCGGUUUUAAACGACCAAUCCGAAAUUCUCGUCUCAGUUGUAUAUUGAUUAGGGGUUUUACCCGUGUCCGCGUCCGCUGCUAUUCUUCUUGUGAAGUGGGGGGUUUACCCGGUUUCACUUUCAUGCACGACCCGCGAUACACAAAAGAUUGACUUGCUCUCGAUGAAAUUAUUUUACUUUGCUGGCCAUGGCGUGUACAUUGAAGAGCGAUUGAAUUUAACAGGAUGCGUUAGCCUGAUAGUCUUUGCAAGUUCCAGGUACUAAGUUUUAUUCAUUCUAUAACCAUAUUUUUAUCACUGCGUUCAAUGAUAUACAUUAUCAGAUAUUAUGGACACAGUUGUUUUUGCACGAGGUUGAUAAAUCUAGCUGAAUCUGCUGUCUUCUUGCAUAGUCAGAUCAGUGUUGAGUUUGAAACAACCGCGAGGAUUAAACGAAAAUUGACGUUGUUUCUAAUUGUUGCGCCUGAGUACUGUACAGUGUACUUUCGUUUCAGUGAGUGUUGGAUUUCAGGAAUACUGAGUCAGUCUUAAGGUGGCUCGAUACAGUUUUUCAGGGUCAAUACCUCCCACGUUUGAGCGUAAACUUCGUCGCCAUAAACAAAGAUUUGGAAAAAUUAACACCACAGUUGUAUUAGAUAAAGGUGAAAAUUUGUUAUGAUCAGGGUUGCAAUGACAUCAGAGUUGUCAUAGCAACAAAAUGACGCCAUUACCUAUUUUACUUGCAGCAGUAUUUCUCGGCACUGGGAACUGUUCUUCUAAAAUCGUUUACUGGAGCUUUUUCCUACAACAGCCGCCUCGAUGUUCGUGAAGUUUAAGCGAAAUCUGUAAGAGCAUUAUCGAGAUAUUUUGGGAUGAAGUUUUUAUGGUUAGAAAUACGGUAAAAAAUUGACAAUCUUGAUAUUCCACUGUUAUCUGUAGAAAACGAAGCGCUUUUGACAUGCAAUUUCACCUCAUAGUAGUCUCAAUCUUUUUAAAAACGUGGGUGAAAGAUCAUGGAGAUAUCUCCAGCCGAUUGCUAGAAAGAAGGAUUUGAUCAGUAUGUAUCGGAGCGCUCUUGUUAGCGGUAAUGUAAACAUUUCGGUCUAUUUUAACAAAUUAGAGAAUAAUUUUUAAACCGCUCGAUAAAUUUUCUAAAACAUUUAAGAGUGUUGAGAUCGACCGUCCUUUUAUAUGACCUCUUAGUUUCAAGAUUAUUGAUAUAUUGUAAAGUAGUAAAAUAAGGGCUACAAUUCGCUAAUAUUUUGUCAGAAAUUUUGUCUUUACAAGUGAGAGCCUCUUAUUAUUCAGGGUAUUGUCUCAAAGUUUCAUUUUCACGUGAACAGUAGUAACUAACAAUGCAUUUGACAUAUGCAAAACUGUUAGCUAUUGUUAUGCACGAAAAUAUGAAACUUGGAGACAAUACCCCUGAAUAAUGAGACGCUCUCACUUGUAAACACAACAUUUCUGACAAAAUGUUAGCGAAUUCAAGCCCUUAUUUUACUGCCUUACAAUACAUCAAUAAUCUUGAAACUAAGAGGUCAUAUAAAAGGACGGUUGAUCUCAACACUCUUAAAUUUUCUAGAAAAUUUAUCGAGCGGUUUAAAAAUUAUUCGCUAAUUUGUUAAAGUAGACCGAAAUGUUUACAUUACCGCUAACAAGAGCGCCUUGAUACAUGCUAAUCAAAUCCUCCUUUCUAGCAAUCGGCUGGAGGUAUCUCUAUGAUCUUUCACUCACGUUUUUAAAAAGAUUGAAACUACCACGAGGUGAAAUUGCACGUCAAAAGCGCUUCGUUUAGUACAGAUAACAUUCGAAUAUCGAGAUUGUCAAUUUUUUACCGUAUUUCUAACCAUAAAAACUUCAUCCCAAAAUAUCUUGAUAACGCUCUUACAGAUUUCGCUUAAACUUCACGAACAACGAGGCAGCUAUCGUAGGUAAAAGCUCCCGUAAACGAUUUUGGAAGAACAGUUCCCAGUGCCGAGAAAUACUGCGGUAAGUAAAAUAGGUAAUGGCGUCAUUUCGUUGCUGUGACAACUCCGAUGUCAUUGCAACCCUGAUCAUAACAAUUUUUCACCUUUAUCUAAUACAACUGUGGUGUCAAUUUUUCCAAAUCUUUGUUUAUAGCGACGUAGUUUACGAUCAAACUUGGGAGGUAUUGACCUUGAAAAACUAUAUCGAGCCACCUUAAGACCUCUUAAGAUCUACGGCAUUAUCGAUCAUUAGACUUUUUUUAUUUUUAUUUAAUCCACCGAUCCGUUCUAGAUACACUCCUGAGCGGUUAGGCCGCGAAUGGGUUAGCGCACCCAGUAUUUCUUAUGAAUUGUUUCUUUGGGGAAAUUGGACUGAAUUUAUCCUAUGAUUAAGACAUCAAUACGUACAAAUAGUACGUACCGCUGGAAUUUUGAAAUGAUGUGAAUUUGAAUUUAGCCACAGUUUACUACUAAUUAAGCAAGCGUCAAUCUUUCAAUCGCCCCGUGCAUACUGAAGCUAAGGGAAUCUGGUUCCGAAAUCCGGGAAUUGCUGAGAUUGCUAAUAUUGCUAAGUAUGAUUUUUUAAUGUUUGAAACAUUAUUCAGUUUAAGAUACUUGAUCAGAGAAUGAGGUAAAUAUGUAAACACAGAUUCUCUUUUUAUUUUAGCGGGUAGAUCAACCGAACUCGAUAGCAGCUGGCAUCCUUCCCCUCGUGAGGGGAGGGAAACGCUAUCAGCAUCAGAGAUGGUUGUUAAGUCGUUUACAGAUGAGCAGUUGAACUUCUUCAAGUUUUCAACCAUUGUAGUCGAUGAAUUCCCUAAAGCCCUACGCCAAACAUUCAAACACAUGUGGGACCUUAAAUUCGGACCAGGAGCUACCUGGGAUGACUCCAUAGGUGUGAGAAACUUGUUUCUGGCGAAAGAGGGAGGCAGAACCAAAGUUCCCACAAACGAGUCGUAUGAGAAGUGGGACUGCACCGCUCUGUUUCAAGCCACUAUGCACGCGCAAACGUUCGCUUUACCCGACAGCAAGGGUAACCUCAAAACCCUUGGUGAGUUGUACGUUAAGCCCCGUGGGUUCAUGCCUCACGGAAGCUUCCACGCCUCUGUGUGUAGUCCGGUUGGAAACAAAGCCGAAUCGUUUGCUCUCGCCAUUGAUCAGCUGCGACUCUUGCGAAACUCUUUCUGUCAUUCGAACAACUCAACGAUGGACAAGACAACCUUCGAGAGGUACGCUAAACUGGCUGAAGACACCUUCAAAGCUCUUGGAGUUGUGACAGACUCGAUUAAUGCCGCGAAAAGUUUACCAGAGUCUCACUUUCCCACUGAAGAGGUUGCCAGGUUAAAGCAAGAAAGACAGAUCAUGAGAUUUGUUUUAUUUAAUUAG